GUCCCCUCUGCUGCUAUCUUCAGCUCCACUACCUGUUAACAUGUCAGGAGAGCCGCGGGGGCUUGUGUACCUCAUCACCGGGGGCUGUGGCUUCCUGGGCAAACACUUGGUGCGGGUUUUACUGGAGCAAGAGCAGGAGAGUGUGUCGGAGAUUCGGGUCUUUGAUGAACACACGGACCCCAGCAUGGAGGAGGAGAGCACAGGGCGCACGAAGGUGGUGUUGAUCCAGGGGGACAUCACAGACUAUACCCAGGUCCUGGAGGCUUCUCGCGGGGUUGACGUGUUCAUCCACUCAGCCAGUGUGGUGGACGUGUGGUACAAGGUCCCAGAUUCUGUCAUAUACAACGUCAACGUGAAAGGGACUGAGUAUGUGAUCCAGGCUUGUGUGGAAAAUGGCAUCUGCAGCCUCAUCUACACCAGCAGCAUGGCCGUGGUCCAAACCACUCAAGAUUUCAUCAGGGGCACUGAAGACCUGCCCUACCCCAUCAAACACACCAUGACUUAUGCCAAGACCAAGUGUGAGGCUGAGAAGCUGCUGCUGAAAGCCAAUGGGACCAAGGUGAAGGGUGGGAAGACGAUGUUCACCUGCUCCCUCAGACCCACAGGCAUCUAUGGAGAGGGCUGUAAUCUGCUUAAGGAAUUCUGGAAGCGCUGUGUCCAGGAUGGUGGGGUCAUCAGGAGCUUUGUCCCGGACGGCACGGAGCACGGGCGAGUCUAUGCAGGUAACGUAGCCUGGAUGCACGUGCUCGCUGCCCGCGCUCUUCGAGACAAACCCCAAAAUGUGGGAGGAGAGACCUUCUGUUGCUAUGACGACUCUCCAUACGAAAGCCAUCGAAACUUCUUCGAGCAUUUUUUCACUUCCUGCAACUUCAGAAAAAUACACAUUCCCCUCUUCAUCGCGUGGUUCAUGGCGAUAACGAACCAAAUCCUGCGCUGGAUUUUGAGUCCGUUUUAUAACUACACACCGAGGCUGAAUAUGUAUAUUUUUACAGAGUUGUGUACUUCCUUUACAGUGAAGACGGAUAAAGCGUACAGGCAUUUCCAGUACAAGCCUCUGUACAGCUGGGACGAGUGCAGGAAAAGGACUCAGGAAUAUGUCGAUUCAUUUGUGCAAAAACAGUAUAAAAGAGAUUAGCACAACUGAGGACAAUAGUGGAUGAAAUGAAUGGAAUGAAAACAGAAACGCCCUGGAAAUGUGAUGUCUGUGUUAAAGAGUUAGUACUUUGUCUGUUAGAAGCAGGUUAGACUGCAAAGAUCCAAAUAUCAGCAUCAGUGAAAUGACUUCAUGUUAAUAAUAAUAAUGCUUUAGUGUCAAAGAGUUUUUCCACACACUCCGUUUUCCAUUUUACACUUGUAUUAUUCAUUCAUCCCACACUCGCUGUGCUACAUACUGUUAUAGCCACAGCUGCCCUGAGGCAGACUGCUGGAAGUGAGGCUACCAAUCUGCGCUCUCCGAUCACCAUUAACUCUCACGCACACACCAUGUUCAGAGUAGACGAUAUAGGUGAAGUGUCUUGCCUAAGGACACCACAACAGUGUUUGCCACAGGUGCUCCACUGUGGCCCGUGGUUUUCCCAGUGUGUCCUGUCCAAGUCCUGACCAGGCCCGGUUCUGCUGAGCUCCUGAGAUCUGAGGAGAUCAGGCUUAGUCUUAGUCAGAGAUUGAAAAGACACAUUUGUUAAAUCGACGUUUUUGAGCUUUUCAUCACAGUGUAGCAUUGUUCCCUCGUCAAAAACAAACCUGAAGGUUUUUCAUUUCACUUACAAAGAUUAAGGUUAGAUCCCCUUAUUGCACUGUAUUAUUUUGUCUCGUUAUCUAAGGGUCCAAAGCAAGAAAAAAAUGAUCUGAUGAAGGCUUUUUGCCAAAAUGUAAUUUAAAAUUAAAUUUAAAAAGCUUUUGGACAUCGGUGGUCUGAGUGUGCUAUGCAUUUUUUUUUUUUUCAUUUUUAAAUUGCUGUUUGUUGCAUUUGCACCUCCACAACUUAAGUGUGUGUUUUCUGUUUCAUUUGAAUGUAUUUUUGUGCCACAGCAACUUAUGUUCACUGUAAAAGAGUGUAUGCACCGUAAACGAGUAUGCCUUUAGAAUAUUUAGAGGCUCAUGGCGCCAUCUAGUGGUGAGGUUUUGUAAUGAAAAGCAGAGCUUCAGUGUUUUACAUAUUGCACAAAAUACCUACAAAAUCAUGCAUUCUUACAGUGAGCGGACUCACUUCUCACCAGAUCUGACUUGUAACUUAGCCUGGUGGUGCACCUGCUUGUUUCCAUGGAGAUAGAUUUGGUUAAUGCCAUACUGUAGAACAGAGUAAAAGCAUUU